AUGGACCUGGUCAUCUUGCUCUCCAGCCCAGACACGCAUGGCAAGGGUAAAGAACGAGCUGGAGGGAUCCUUGUCGAGCUAUGGCGAUUGUCAGGAGGCAAAGUCUGGGACAGAGAGAUCCAAGGGAGAUUAGGAGGGCUAGCAUGGACGUUAGAUGGCCUGCAUCUGUCUCUGUUACUAUUGCACGGCCGAGAUUGUACGGUUGAUCACCUGUCGGUACAUGAUGGCAAGACCGUCAGGUCGAUCCCUUUGGAUAUCCAUCCGUCUGAUUCAGAAUGGCUGUCCUAUGAGAAUGGCAACCGAUGGUGGCAUAUGGGCUGGGAGGCAGGCAAGUCGCCGUGGCCACAGCGUGGACCUGGAGAGCCUCUCACGAUCUUCGACUCUCUUCCUCGAGUCAGCAUCCCAGAACAACCGAAACCCCCUCAUCUCAUGAUGAUGCGGCUCAAGCAAGCGCCAGAUGAUACAUCUCCCGCACCCAGACAUGAACUUCUCAAAGAUUUCCCUUGCUUGCUUCCUUCCGCCUCACCAAUGCCCCCCGACAUACUUCGUAUAGGUCCCCCAGCAUCCGAUAUUCGUCAUCUGUUUCUGACGGGGACAUAUCCGACGGACGUGAGGACAGACUUACGGCAAGUGCUACUCGUUGACAAGAUUUCCGAGAUGCUGGACGUCGUUUUGAGGGGUAUAUCCGUGGCGCAUCAUCAUUUUCGCGAAGCUGGCAAGCAAACCAUGAUAUGGAGGGAAGAAGUCGAGACAUGUGGUGAACAGCAAGGAAUGUCAAAGAAGGACACACAUUCGGAUCUAUUCCGCUUGCUAAUGACUGGAAGAUGUUCGCCCGGAGUGUCAGAAUGGCUCGGGAACCGACUGACUGGGAGGACCUUGACCAAGUGGGAGGAGACCAUGACUAAUGGGUAUAAAGCUAUCCAAACUGUCAUUUCGGAGAGCAUCACCCCGGCUUUGGAGCGCAUUGUCCUAUUGACCCCGCAUCGGGCGACAUUACCGAUCACUCUUGGCCUAUGCAAACUGAUCGAAGGUGUUCGACAGACGGCGGCACACGAAGCGAUGGCCUCUGCUGAGUUCAUCAAAUGGUUAAAUUAUGAAAUUGCGCGUGGCGUUAGUCAGGACCAAUCUAGUGAUGCUCAGCCCUCCAUCACUUAUGAUCUCAAACUCGUGUGGUCAUUUCUGAAGGCCGGAUUCAUCGAUUCCCCGCUACAACAGCACUUCCACUCGCUCGACAAGGAUGACUAUGUCACGAUCCCAUCGAGGCCCAAGGCCAAACCACUACCGCUCGACACGGUUCUCAGGCGAACUGUGCAUCGUCUCAAUGGCGCGCAUGUCUCGACACCGGUACGCGAGCUCUCGCCUGUGAACGCGCACCUUUCAUUGGACUCAUCUGCCAUAUCUCACGAUGAUGACGAUGAGGAUGACGCGGACUCUUCACCCGAUUCACCAGAUACUGUUGCGGUCGAACAUCCUGUCGAAGACUAUCGGAAUGUGAUGCUAGAGCCUUGGGCUUGGGCAAAUACUCUCCUCAAGCAAUGCCGUAGUAUGGUCUCAUACCCGGAGCCUGAACAUGAGGGAGGAUACGAAGAUCUGGGCAAAGAGGUUUACGCUGAAGCGGAUUUCGAUGGCCUCGAUGGCCAAAAAUUGAGGGCCUGGGUAAACGUUGGAACGACCAGACGGCUUACAGUGAGCUGGUUGAACCCCUGGGAUCGACCGCGACAAGCGACUUUCGAAGCGGACGGAGAGAUCAUCGCCUUGCAUUUCUUUGACGAGGACGAGCUGGCAGUUCUCUUGGUGUGCGACGGCCAGACUUACCUCGCGACAGUCAACAUAGAGCGAAACAUAGCAGAGGAUGUGCCAUUGCAAAUCUCUCGAUGUCGCCAAAUCGAUGGCAUUGCUUCGGGUCGCAACUCCCUAGCCACCAAUGGGCGAAAGGGAAGGAGAUCCGGAUGCGUCUUGACUACAGGGGGUCGACGGCUCGAGGUGUUCGACAUGGAUCAAGAUGAGGAUGGAGAUGAGGAAGGGGACGAAGAGCAGGUAGAUGAGGACGAGGAGAUGGACGAAUGA